AUACUGUAUACUGUGCUAAAAAAAAUUAACAGAGGCAAUCGUUAUUCAAAGAUAACCUGUCAGGCUCGUGACAUUUCAGGUUUGCGUAACUUUUUGAAAAACUGCUGACCGCAUAACUCAGUCGAUUUGGUUACUCGCCGAGUAUUACUUGCGGGACGUUCUGUAGUGAAAUUUUUGGCGGAAAUGUUCAAAAAGCAAAAGAAGAAAUCGAAACAAGAAACACAGACUGUUGAUAACAAGCUACAAAACCAACGUUCAUCAAACAUCGGUACUGAUUUGUCGUUUGAUGUCAUCGAAAAUAGAAGUAAUGGUGAAAUAACAGAUGCCGAUCAACCAGAUGGCUUUGAUUCUCAGGGGUUUGUCGAUUUGACUCCGGCAGAAAAUCGACCUGUAUUACUGGGACCCAAACAACUUUGUCAGUAUGUUGGAACAUUUGCUGUGAGUCUGGGUACAGGAGGAGAGGGGACAAAAACACUAACAACACACAAGGAAAGAACAGGAUUUGUAAAAAAGAAACUCAAAGAAUAUCGAAAUGCCCAGAAAGGUGUAGGUGUGGCUAUUCUCACCUCUACUGAUGGAAUCAAGGUCGUUUCUCCAGAUGGCAAGCGUGUUAGAAUGGCCCAUCCAUUACAAAGAAUCUCAUUUGCAACAUGUGAUCCAGAAUUUAGACUCUUUGCUUACAUGUCGCAUGACCCCUCCCCAGUGGGAACAGCAAUACACUGCCAUGUUUUCAUGACAAAGUACACAAGGCAGGUUCAGAGUCUCACAGCUUUGGUUGGUAAAGCAUUUCAAGUAGCAUUUUCUGAAUCAAAGUUUCCACAAGGAACAGAAAUUAAGCUGGAACCACUGAAGAAUGGCCCAGAUGGAAAAUCACCUCAAGGAAGGAAGUGGGCCAAGCUUGAGGCCCAACAGGGACAUGAGAAUUCUCAGCAUGCAAUGCUUGCAAGGUUAAAAAAGGAGCAAGAAAAAGCAGCGAACAGAAGUAGUUCGCCUAAUUCUUCUCCAAGGGAACAAGCCGCACCUAAGGAAGAAGCAAAAGCGAUGGAGCAAGCCUCGCCAACACCGUCUAAACCAUCACCAAGGAUGGGAAGACGUAGGUCUUUUGGCAAAGCUCGUACCCCACCUGAAGUCCGCAGGUCGAAUAUUUCUCAAGGUAAUGGAGUAUUUGGGCAACACGAUAGAAAGGCUGACCCCUCCGAUGUAGUCACCGAUGGAAGCCCUGUGGCGCAAAGGAAAAUCGAUGGAAGCCCUGUAGCACAAAGGAAAAUCGGUGGAAGCCCUGUAGCACAAAGGAAAAUUAGUGCUCCAGUUCAGGGAAACAAAAUUUACACGCCACCAUAUGAAGAACGUGCUGCAGCUCCUGUGAUUACCAGAGAACGUUCAAAUACUCCGCCACCAUCGCGGAGCGACGCAGUUUCAUCAAAACAGAAUGUUUCAAUGUUGCCAGUUGCUAAGACUGCAUCUGACCCGAAUUUGUCAGCAGAAGACCAUGAGCUGACAACAGGCAAUCGACACGAAUCCGUGUCUAAAAGUAACAGCCAUGAAGAUGAAAAUUGGUACAUGCCUGGGAUACCAAGGGAAUUUGUGAUAGAGAUGUUACAGAAUUCAGAGGAAGGCUCAUUCUUUGUGCGCGACAGUCAAAGUAGACCAGGGUGUUUCGCUUUGACUAUGCGUGUUCCAAAGGAGGCAAAUCCUAGUGGUUUUGGAAACUUUCUGAUAGUGAAAGUGAAAGAUGGCGUCAUGAUACAGGGUUUUGAUAAAGUCUUACCGGACCUCACAGCUUUGGUUGAACACUACUCCCAACACGCUGAUGGCCUCCCCUGUAGUCUAUUGAUUUCUGGUUCGAAUGUGUUAUGUGAAGAUGAAGAUUAUAUGAAUAUCGUCCCAGCAGACCCUGAUUAUCAGAGUUUAUCAGAUUUUACCGCAAUGAUGGCUGAAUUGAGUUGAGAGCAUUCCAAGUCUUAUUUAAAUGAGACAUGUAGCGGUUUGAAGAAUUCCGCUUAAAUUUUUCAAGGUCGUAAGUAGCAAUCGGGGUCAGUCUUUGCCAACCUUGAACUGGAACAUCGACAUUCCUUUUCAGAGUCUCCUUUUCUUUUCGACAUUUGUCCUCCCUAUAAAAUGAUUAUCUCAAUGUUUUAUUUGUGAUAUAAUUGGCAACAACUCAAAUAUUGUGACUUGACUACACAGUUGAUCUGGUAUUAACGGUCAUUAACCCUUUACACCCUGACAUCGGCAUGCAUAUUCUCCUUACUGUUCUCUAGACAUUUUCUAAGAUGCCGACCAGGAGAAUUUGUCUAACAGACAAGAGCUUCUUUAGUCGUUAGUCAGUUCCUUUAUUCUCCCGACCUUGAUGUUUGAUUUAGGAGAUAUAUGGUAGGGAGAAAUUAGAUGCCAAUCACUCUUAGGGGUUAACGGGUCAAUCUUCAUUUGUCUUGUAUCUCUUAGUACAGUCUACAGACUCGAGGCACCUAAAUUAUCUAAUGAAAUCGGCGAUUCUACGCUUGAAAACAAAAUUACUAUAUCUAGUAUCCACAAAAACUACUCCAGGGAAUAUCGAGUUGUUAAUGGGGUUUGGAUAAUACUGUGUUUCAUAACGUUAUUAAUAUAUACAGGAAUGGGACCAAGGUUAAGUUAUUGUGUUAAAAAUAUGAUGAAUAUUUGAUUUGUAAGUGCUGUAACGUGACAAAGUGGAAUAUCUUAUACUGGUGGAGAAAAUUAAUCCGCAAUAGAGAGGCGGUCAACAUUGACUGAAAUCUUAAUAAUGUAAUAAUUUAUUGAUAAUUUAUAAUUGUAAUAAAUGUAAUUAUAAUAAAGUUCGGAUAUAACGCGCGCCGGGUGCGUUAUCAAGAAGCGGGGAGAACACUCGACUACGUCUUAUGUUUCUCCCUACACUGAUUUCGUGCUCUAGCCGCUUCAUGCGUGCUUUACAAUAGAACAGAACACAGUUAAGGCUCUUAAAUCUCUAUUUGUUAAUUAUACAUUGAUACUGAAUGAAUUAAGUUAUUAGUUCUCACAUGAGAGUGAUUAUUGGAAAUAAGUCACCUUAUAUGUUAAAUUUCCAUUUGAAGUCAAGCGUGCAUGUUUGAGCGGCGGAGCCACGCGGAGAAUGCCCCACGGCCGCCUUCAUUUUUUAAUUGAGCGUCCAACAGAUAACCUGCAUGCGACAAAAGCUUCUUAGGUCAUGUAAAUUAUGGUGUAAAAAUUUUAAUUGAUUUUACCCUUUUUUUUUUUUUCAAGUAAAAUGCAAAAAUCCAUACUAAUGAAAGAUGGUAACAAUUACGAUAUGCUUCCCAGUGAAAUCCUGACCAUUAUAGGAAAAGAACUCGAAUAAACAAGGGUGGUAAAUGUAAAGAUAAAGUUCAGAAAACGCUGAACUUCUUCCUGAAGCAAGCACAAAAAAAUCCGUUAAAGAUGUGGAUGCGCGCACAUGGAACCUAACGAACAGGAUAAGCUUUUUGCAACCGGGUGAACCAGGCACAAAAUAGAACGCGAACGUAAGGAUUUCAUCAGCUCAGUCAUCAGGCUGGAAAGGAGCGGAUCAGUCUUUCGAUAACGUCACGGUUCAAAGUAAAACCCAGAUGUAAACGAUCUGAGAAAUAUAAGAAACAGUCUACGAGGUCAAAAAACUAAAGACAUUGUCAGAAGCUUCACCAAAUUGAUUUAUUGUAUAUCUCGGCGUAAAAAAUAGCAUGCAAUUUCCCAGUACUGUUUACAAUUUCAAAACUUUAGAGCAACCUACCUACCUACCUACCUACCUAUUGUACCGAACCCACAAUGAUGAGUGCCAAGUUUUGUGAUCUUAUAUUAUAAAUAAAUUUCAAACGUGAUAAGUGAAAAUAGACCUGUUUUCAAUCACCUACCCGCAUUGAAACUAAAUCAGAUUCGAUUGCCAAUCAGGACCAAGAGCAAGGGUCACGUGACCAGUCCCACAUAGAAUAAUUCUGAUUUUUACUGGUUUGGUCGAUGACAACCCGUUUAUGGCCCAGUCACAAAACAUUUACAGGUGUUAGAUCAUCCUCUACGUAUCACAUGAACAAAGCCAAACUAAGAUAUUCCUCAAUACAACAAUGCGUUUUUUUAGGGCACAAAAGAGUAUAACUUACCAAGUUUCAUUUUUAACGGCGGAAAAUAGAGCUGCUCCAAUCAGCCUUUACUUUACUUUACUACGUUACAAUUUUAUUCG